GGCUCAGAGGGACCCAGAUUUCUCGGCCUCUGCGGCCUUAGGCGUCUCUCCCAUCUUUCGCCACCCUUUUCGGAAGGCUGUCGGCGUAGGCAUGGGUCCAGACGUGCAAAGCGAGCUCGCCGAGUGGAUGAAGCGGGUGGAGUCCAAGCUGGACGGCGUCGCCACGGCGCUCGACUGGCAGCGGAUCGCGAAACCCGUGGAGGGCCUGGCCCCACUGGCUGGGGGGCUGGCUCGAGGGGCCAACUUCGAGCGCGGGUCCUCGAGCUUGUUCGACAAGGAGCGGUCGGGCACUCUCGAGCGCGGGUCCUCGAGCUUGUUCGACAUGACGCCGUCGGGCCCCGUGGCCGCGGCAGUGCCACAGGAUUCGCCGCGCAGCCGUGGCGGUCAGCGUGGUACCCAGCCACCAGAUGCCAGCGGCAGGAGCUGCGAGAAGGAGGCGGCCCGAGUGGGCACGCCGCGGAGUCAAGGCCACGAGCCCCCUUCACCAAGCAGCCCUUGCGAGGACUGCUCCUUCGACGAAGAUCAAAUCACGCACGACAGAAAGCGAGGGAGUAAACAGGACGGGACGGAAAGCUGGAGCAGUAACGGGAGCCUGUUCAGGAAGGUGUCGAGGAGGCUGACCAAGGUUUCGAGGGAACAGGAGCUCAUGAAGCGCAUGAAGUCCGAGGAGUUCGACUCUGAGUUGGGCAAGCAUGUGAAGUCUCGCUGGUUUGACUGCAUGGUCACCCUCGCAAUCGUUCUCAACUCGUUGGUGAUUGGGGUGGAAGUGCAGCUACGGGCCACCUCGAACACAACUCCCGAGUGGUUCGACGAUAUAGAAAUAGUGUUCACGAUGGUCUUCACAGUGGAAAUCAUCAUGCGGCUUUUUGUUUACCGCUCCAGGUUCCUCACCGAUAGCGACGAGCGUUGGUGGAAUGUGUUCGACUUGAUCCUGAUAGUUGCCGCCUGGGUCGACUUGCUGCUCAACCACAGCAAUGCAGAGUCCGGUGCACUCUUCUCAAAGAUUGGGAGGCUCGUCCGGAUGUUCCGCAUCAUACGCGUCAUUCGCACAGUGAGGUUUAUCUCACAGCUUCGGGUGCUGCUGCUCAUGAUUAUGGGAACGCUGCAGUCGCUAUUCUGGUUGUUGGUAAUAUUGCUUGGCAUGAUCUACGCCUUCUCCAUAAUACUGACGCAGGGCGCCACGGACUACCUGCAUUCCCUUGACAAUCAAGUGCCUACCGAUCAUGAGGAUGUAAGCCUCCUGUUCGGUUCACUGUUCCAGACCAUGUACACUCUGUUCCAAUGCAUGUCUGGAGGCAUCAACUGGGGCGUGGCCUCAAACUUGAUGAGCGGGCCUGGCUGGGUCAUGCAGACUGUCUUGGUUGUGUUCAUGUUCUUCACCCUUUUCUCGGUGGUGAAUGUAGUGAAUGGCCUCUUCGUCGACAGCGCUAUUGAGCUCGCCAAGAACGAUCGGAUGGUGGCGGUGCAGAAGCAGCGGCUCGAUGAUCGAGCGAAGGAAACUCAGCUUCUGGAUUUGUUGAAGGUCAUGGACAGCAAUCGCGACAACAUUGUCACCUUCGAAGAGUUCGAAGAGAGCUUGAAACAAGAGGAGAUCAUCGACUACUUUUCCGCGCUGCGCGUCGACAUCGAAGACGCAAAACAGUUUUUUGUUUUGUUGGAUCUACAAGGUAGCGGGUCUGUCGACAUUGUCCAGUUCGUGACAGGGAUGGAGAGGCUUCGAGGGGAGGCCCGGAGUGCCGAUCUACACAUCGUGCUGCAACAGAACAGGAUGGUGAUGACGAUGCUGAGCAAGCUCGUGAGGAUCCUCGACGACUCGACAGAGGUGUCGUAUUAGGGCGUGCCUAUCGGGCCGCUGACAAGUAGAUGAUCGACCGAAUGUGUUCCAGUCCGAUGCAACAGGCUAGCUCUGCGCUGGCCCGAGUCUAAAUGGCAGCGGCCCUGCUUGCUGUCUCCGUUGCUACUGCUACCUGCACGCACGCUCAGGGGGAGAUGCUCUGGUACGUUCUCCUUCGAAGACGUCUUGUUGACAUUCAUCGCUGUUCCUCAUUGUCAGUCUGCGUGCGCUGGCGCUUCCUAGGCAGCGCGUUCCGCGCCAGAUUGGUCAGGGAGCGUUUCGUCCAGACGCAAUGUCCCAGUGCCCGGGGAGACCGCACUCCCGGCAGACAUGGUAGCUUAGCGUCCUGGUGCUGCUCGGCUCGUCGUCGCGCCUGUUUUUGUUCCGAUGCCACGGAGCACUGCUGCCGGUACCAACCCGGCUCGAUCCGGCAGAGGCGCUGUCCUUCCGGCACCGAUCCGGAUGCAGCGUCUGUCUCUCCGUGCUUGUACACAACCUUCCGUGCGACUCGCCCCUGGUUGCCAAUCUCGAACAAGAUGUCGGCGCGCCCAGCCUGGGGAGCUGCUUUAGUGGGGUCGUUUGGCGAUACGUCUCUUUCACGAUUGGCAACCACCUCCACGAACAAGGCUGCUGUGACGGAUGCAUAC